AUGUUCAGGGAUGACAGUGACGGAUCGAAAUACGGGUUUAAGUCGGCCGGUACGCCAGGAGAGCUAGCCGGAUACUGGUACGCAUUCAUGCAUCACGGUUCGGGUCGUGUUGCUUGGAAGGACCUCAUCGAGCCAUCGAUAAAACUUUGUCGCAAUGGCGUUCCUGUGUCGGAGUACUUGGACAAUGUCAUGAGAGUCAAAGAACGGCAUUUCCGACUGUUUCCUAGUAUGAAGGCAUGGAUCAACCCUGUUACUAACUCCACCUAUAAGAUGGGCGAUCUCCUUCCUCGACUAAAACUUGCUAACACGUUGGAGAAACUCGCCAAUUCAAAGGACCCUGUCAAGCUGUUCUAUCGAGGUGAAAUGGCUGAAACCAUCGCGAGAGAGAUGGCCGAGGGAGGAGGUAUCAUCACCAAAGCAGAUCUUGCGUCCUACAAACCACGGGUUUACAAGCAGCUUGCAAAUGCACACUUCCGAGGAAAUCUUGUCAUGUGCGGCGGACCACCACCGUCGUCGUUCGUGGUAACGCAGCUGAUUGUUUCAGUAAUGAGUGCGCUUUAUCCGGAGAACCACAAAACCGACAUCCUCAGUGACCCAAAAGCCACACAUCAUUUCAUUGAGGCAAUGAAGUUCGCCUAUGCGCAAAGGACGCUGCUUGGAGACGUUGCCUUCGUAAAGUCCGCGGAGACGCUGGCAAAGAAUCUCACAACGGAGGGAUAUACUAAAUGGGUCGUUGAACGAAUGAGAGAUAGUGCUCAACCAUCUGCGUACUAUGGCGGAAUAGCUCAAUCGCAGGUGCCGGAUCAUGGAACAUCGCAGGUUUCGGUUCUGGAUGAACACGGUAACGGUGUCUCUUCGACGACCACCAUUAAUCGAUGGUUCGGAGCAUCGGUCGAAUCUGAGGCUUACGGUAUUGUGUGGAACGACGAGAUGGAUGAUUUUUCUACACCUGGAAUGGCAAACGGGUAA